AUGCAGGAGUUGAAAUACUCGGAUGAUUUAGCGGGAAAAGCCAACAAGUAUGUAGCAGGUUGCAAAGCUACCAAGCCAAAUACAGAAAGCGAAGCAGAUUAUGCUGGCCUUGGAAUGACUACAUUAACCAACCCAGGCGAUGACCUAAAGAAGGCUAUACUUGAUACAUAUAAUGAUGAAGGCAAAAACUACGAUUAUGGUAGCAAUAAUUGCUCCGGCACUUGCGACAACUACAAGCAGGCAGUGUGGGCGAAUACGACAGAAGUUGGAUGUGCGAAAAAUGAGUGCCCAGAAAUAAAUUCCCAGGCUGCAGAGCCCGAAUCUCCACCUGAACCAGCUACUAAAGUUCUUAUUGUCUGUUUCUACAGACCCACGUAA